UACUACUCUGCUAUAUUCCAUUCCACAACUCUCAAAAGCUUUAUUAUGCACUUUGCUUUUCACUCUCCUCUAGAAAAGUGCCUGUUUUUCUUUCUCUGAAGAAGACUCCUUUUUUCUUCUUAAAUCCAUGGACACAUCUCAGUGGGCACAGGGGAUAGGAGUGGUUAAACAAAUGGAAAAUCCUUGUUCAAAAGAAGCACCUAUGUUAGAAAGAAGAGCAAGGCCACAAAAGGAUCAAGCUUUGAACUGUCCAAGGUGCAAUUCAACCAACACAAAAUUUUGCUAUUACAAUAACUAUAGUCUCUCUCAACCAAGGUACUUUUGCAAAACUUGUAGAAGGUAUUGGACUGAAGGUGGUUCUUUAAGAAAUGUUCCUGUUGGUGGUGGUUCAAGAAAAAACAAAAGAUCAACUCCAUCAUCACCAUCACCAUCAUCCUCACAAAUUCCAUCUUCAACAAUAACUAAAAAUAUUAUUCUCAAUAAUCAUGAUUUAGCCUCACAAAAUAAUAAUACUAAUUUCCCUCAUUCAGCUUCUCAAAACCCUAAGAUCCAUCAAGGUCAAGAUCUUAACCUAGCUUAUCCACCACCACAAGAAGAUUACAACACUUUAUCUAAAUUCAUUGAACUUCCUUAUGAACAAGAUAAACCUAAUACUACUACUACUACUAAUAAUAAUAAUAAUAAUAAUUCUUCAUCAUCACCAUCUUCUCAUUUGUCAGCUAUGGAGCUUUUGAAAACUGGUAUUGUAAAUUCUUCAUCAUCAUCAAGGGGUUUGAAUUCAACAAAUUUUAUGAUGCCUAUGAGUAUAUCAGAGAGUAGUGCUGCUGCUGCUGCAAUGUAUAAUUCAACAGGGUUUGCUAAUUUGCAAGAUUUUAAACCUGGUCUUAACUUCAGUGUUGUUGAAGGGUUUGAAAAUGGUUAUGGUGGUUUAGAAGGGAUUGAAGAAAGUGGUUCUGGUGCAAGGAUGUUGUUUCCUGUUGAAGAGAUGAAGCAACAAGUUCCAAGUAGUGAUCAUGAGUUUGAUGAGCAGAAUAAUAUUAAUACUAGAAAUCAAGGUGAUUCAAGUGGGUUUUGGAAUGGUAUGUUAGGUGGAGGAUCAUGGUAGUACUAGUAGAUAGUAGAUAUUGAACAAACAAAAAAAAGGGUUGGUGCAUGCUUUAGUUUAGACCCUUUUUAUCUUUUGGUAAUUAAUGUUCUGGGAGAAUGGAUGUUUGAACUUUUGAAGUUUGGAGUGAUCAUGAUCAAAACCACUAACAUAAUAGGGUAAAUAGGUUAUUAAUUGCUUUUGUUUAUUGUUUCUUUAAUUAAUUAUUUGUCAUAUUUAUUUUUCUUUAUUAUUAUUAUUAUGGUAUUUAGUAAGCACUAGUUUUGAUUGAAAAA